ACUAUCGCUUCGAAUCCUCCUCCUCGAAUCAACUUCUGUCAAGGCUGUGAGAUAUACCUACUACGAGACGUCCCGAAGCUGAUGGAGAACCUCGAUUUCACUGUCGCCCCGGUCGAUCUGGUGCUGAACUGGCCAGAUGUGCAUGGUCUGGAAUCAUCACUACCGCUCGACAUCUUCGAUGGUCCAGUCAACGAUGUCAACGAUGUCAACCAGAACACGCUCCAUUCAAACUGCAUCACAGAGCCAUGUGACUCCUGUAGACAGAUGUUACUAGACUCUUCUGUGUUAGAGCCGGACUUGUUGUCAAACAGCAGCAGUCAUAAAGAUUGCAUCGUCCCAGAACCGGAGAGCAGUCACACGUACCCCCAAUCUCAACAAUGGAGCGAUACUCACAGAGAAGCUCCAAGUGCUGACCCUAACGCCGGUGAAGGAGCUGCUAUCAUGUGUGACCACGAUCGAAGACUGCGCAAGCGCAGUGACUACAACAAAUUCCCGCGGGAGACGAUUCGUAUACUGAAGGAAUGGCUGAGCCAACAUCAGGACCAUCCUUAUCCAUCCAAAGAGGAAAGGAGAGAGCUACUGCUGCGAACUGGACUAACACCGACCCAGCUACGUAAUUGGCUCGCUAACACCAGGCGCCGUGAGAAAGAGAAGGCCCAUUCGGCCCCUGCACGCCGGACCGAUCUCAUCCAAGCAGCCACAUCGUCAAUGACCUCGUCAAUGACCCCUCUUGAACGCUGGCAAAACUCGCCUCCAGAGGAAGAGUCGGCCGCAUUCAGUGAUAUUGCUCGGGCGCUUUCGAAACGCCCUUCUACGCCUCACCCUCAACUAUCCUUCACCUCAUCCAAUCCCAGUUCAGCUUCUUCAGUCGACUGGGCGAGCCAUACCUCUCACGUCGAGCAAUGGGGCGUACUCCCGGCGUCGUCGGGAAGCAGCCUCGACACGAGUGCAUCGUCCACCUCGAGUCUGUCUAACACGUCAGCGCAUUCUUAUCAUUCGUUCUCGCGCUCUGAAUCCCAAGAUCAAAACCGCCGUCGUCGCCGACACAGUCGACGAAGUAAACUUCACAUCCCUGCCAAUACUAUAGCCUCGCGUCGGGCGCGCGGGUCUCGGCGGUUUCAGUGUACAUUCUGCACGGAUACGUUCUCGACCAAGUAUGACUGGCAACGGCACGAGAAAUCAAUGCACAUUCCUCUCGACGAGUGGAGGUGCGCACCGUCCGGGGCCAUUGUUCCCUUGGAUGGCGGUCAUGUCUGCGCUUUCUGUUUACAUCCUAAUCCCGACCAGGAGCAUCUGGAUGUUCACGAGUACUCCAUUUGUCAGGAGAGGAGCCCACUCGAAAGGACUUUCUACCGAAAGGAUCAUCUCCACCAGCACCUGCGCAGCGUCCACAGCGUCAAGUUUGUCGCUGCAUCCAUGAGCGGGUGGAAGAGUAGCGUUACCGACAUCAAAUCGCGCUGUGGGUUCUGCGACGCUCGAUUCCACAGCUGGACAGCCCGCGCGGAUCAUCUGGCGGCGCACUACAAGCAAGGGGUCGACAUGCGUGAAUGGCAAGGCGAUUGGGGCUUCGAACCCGAGUUGCUACGUCUCGUCGAAAACGCCAUGCCGCCGUACCUGAUCGGCCAGGAGCAGCUGGCGCCAAAUCCUUUCAGCGCCUCUGCCAUCACCGUGCUCAAGCCAAGCUGGGAGACCGAUCAACCGGCGCAGCUUCCGGAGCAGGAGAACCUCAAUUUCUGGCCGGUGAUACAACGAGAGCUCACGGAGUAUAUCACACGUCAACUUGAGAGUAAAGUCGUGCCCACGGAUAAGAUGUUGCAGGACCAUGCGCGCAUGAUCGUGUAUGGCUGUGACGAUGGGUGGAAUCAGACGUGCGCAGACAACCCGGUGUGGCUGAGUAACUUGAAACGGGAUGCUGGACUGGAUGCUUUUCAGUCACAGAAUUGCGAUACGCAGGUACCGUUGGCUGCUACUGAAAGUUGGCAAUGGCCGUUGUUCGAGUUUGACCCGCCCGUGCACGGAUCUGAAGAUUUGCAUCUUGAGCCGCAGCAGCCAGCAUACCAGAAUCCAUACCAGUAAUAUACCUGGGCAAUAUUCGAACCCACCGAGACUCUGGUCACUCCGAUUUGCCUGUUGGUUAUAUGUCUCGAGUUGCGGGCUUUUACUCUUGAUGGCUACUUCUAGGCGCUAAACGGAGGUCUUUGUCGAAGUGCUAACACCACGCUAAAGGCCAUCUUGAACAACAAUCUCGUCUUAUGGUUGCGAGUCCCAGAACUCCGCCAUCAUUCCAAGAUCGUGGAACAAUUCGUCCACUUCCGUCGCUG